CCUGCAGCCACCUUCGCAACUUCCAAAAAUUACACCAUGAAACCAAACACGACUAAUACAGGACAAGCUCUCUGUGAAGUCCCAGCUAAUUAUGUUUUCAUAUUUGCAUACUCACUAGUCUUUCUCGUCAGUCUGGUGUUGAACUGCAUCACAAUGCGUGUGUAUUUCUGCACUAAUCAGCAUGUCCAGUCCAGCAUCACAGUCUACAUGAAGAACCUGGCCGCAGCUGACUUCUUUCUUUGCCUUUGUUUACUUUUGCGCAUUGCUUCCUAUGCCAACAUUUCAGACAUAAUGUUCAACAUUUACUGCAGCUUUGGAGCAACAGCCUUGUAUAUAAACAUGUAUGCAAGCAUUCUCUUCAUGGAAGUUAUUGCUGUAAACAGGUACCUGAAGAUUGUUCGGCCACUGGAGACUCAUGCUCUGCAGACAGUUCGUACCGCCCGCUACAUUUCUGCAGCUAUUUGGCUCUUCUUGUUAGCCACAUCUUCCAUCUACUUGAUCCUCUUUCUCCUGACCUCCUGGGGUCAUGAUCAAAAGCUUGAUGAAUUUACCUGUGAAUCUCUGCACAGUCUCCAGCUCAGUUUGGGCUACAAAAUCAUCCAUUGUGUGACAAUUGUGGUCUUCAUUUUAGUCCUGAUAUCUCUGACUCUUCUAUACUGUAAGACUCUUCAAAAGCUCAGACAAGUUCAAUUCUCUACACAGACCACAAAUAGUAGCCAAACAUUCAGAAAGUCUAAGCGCAACAUGCAAGUGCUAAUAGUCAUUUUCUGUGUGUGCUUUGUGCCCUAUCAUUUGGUCAGACUGCCUUACAUAUUCAUCAAACCCCUGCUGCAUGACUGUUUAGCAGUCCAUGCAUUCUACAUUCUGAAGGAGCUGACCGUCCUGCUUGCAGCACUAAAUGCCUCCCUGGAUCCACUUAUUUACUUCUUGUUUUGCAGGACCUUCAGAGCCCAGUUUAAUUUUAGGAGUUGCCAAACCUGUCCAUGAAUGAGGGCUAGAUGGUUUAUGUAUUAAUGUGCCUUUGUGAUGCGCUUCCCUAUUCUUUUGCUAUUGCCAGAGAAUGAGUAUCUUAACUGAAACAAAAUGGGUCCAAAAAGAGUGAAAUUGCAGUGGAAAAUGACAUGUUGCACUCAUGAAAAUGGGAUGUAACUAAACCCCUGAUAAUAACCUAAGCAAUUGUUUCCAUAAUGAAAAACCUGAAUUAUAUAAGAUGAACUUUAGAAUACGGUACAAUCUUUCAAAGAUCAUAAUGAUUGUCUUGCUGUAAUAUUCUUUUCAAGACUCCAUUAUAGGAUUAUUUUAUUG